AUGCCGCAGCCUAUGCAACAACAACAACAACAACAACAGUCAAUUGUUGGCAUACCGUCCGCAGCUUCCAUCAUACCUGUCCAACCAAUCAUCGCUAACGCAAUCAAUUCGGCAAAAAAUGCCAAAAAAAUCAAAGCCUCCAACAAUUUAGAUCCUCGCGCCAGACUAGCGCACAUUCAAAAGUUGCAACAGCAACAACAACAACAACAGCAACGUCAAAUGGGGCGAGAACAAAUCGUUUCCAUGCAGCGCCAGCUGCUCGACAAUAUGUCGAAUCGGCAACCAGUAGCUGCUGACCAAUUGCCCAUCGGGCAACAACAACAACAGCAUUUGCCUGAACCAAUGCAAGUUGAUAUUGGUCAGCGUCAGCAAUCGCUGCCAUUACAACAAUGGCAACAACAACAACAAAAAGCUACUCCUCAAAACAAUCAAGAAAAUCAAAUGCUGCUCCAAAUGGCGCAAAAGCAACAACAACAAUUAGACAAGCUGAUGGGCUGGAUGAUGCUUAUGCAGCAGCAAAUGCAGGGAGUCCUUCGCCACGGCGAAGACUCAACACUGCCGGCUGCAUCCUCAUCCAACUCAAACUGA